AUGAAAAAACUGAAGCAGAACGUCUCAGGAUGCUCAGACCAAAUCCCAGUUGAUCUUCUUAUCGAAAUAUUCUUGAGAGUCUCAUCAAAGUCUAUAGUUAGAUUUCGCUGCGUGUCCAAAUUCUGGAGAUCGCUACUUCGCCGUCCGAAUUUCACGGAGCUGUUUCUGACUAAGUCUUUAGCUCGUCCACUGCUUCUCUUCGCUUUCCAAGUUGUUUGCUUUGAUGUUAGGUCUGAGAUAUUCAGCUUUAUCGACAAAGAUGAAGCCAUGUCGAUAUAUUAUUCUUGUACUUUAAUCAACUACAAGGGUAAAUUAGGUGUGGCUAAGUUUACAUAUGGCUUUCAUAGAUUUCUUGAGUUGUGGAUUCUAGAAGAUGCUGGGAAACAUAAAUGGUCAAAGAUUAUUUACGAAUUUUCUCCUCUGUGGAAGAGUAUAUUUGACGAAACCUCAGUACAUAUUAUUGGACUGACUGGUACUGGUGAUAUUGUGUUUUCAGCGUACUUUCUGUCAGACCCUUUCUACGUUUUCUACUACAACCUCGACAGCAAAACUUUGACAAGAACUGAAAUCCAAGGAUUUGAAAAGUUUCAAAAUCAUAGGGUUUACAUCUUUCAAGAAUAUGUAGAGAAUGUGAAACCAAACUUACUUACCUAA